AUGCCAAACUGGGGAGGUGGUGGUGAAAUUUGUCCACGUUGUCAAAAGACCGUCUAUCCAGCUGAAAAACUCAUGGCAUGCAGUGCUUCAUGGCAUAAGGGUUGUUUCAAAUGUAAAACAUGUAACGGACUUUUAACUUUGGCUUCAUACAAGGAUUUUGCACAAGAUGUCUUUUGCAAAAGCUGUUAUCAAGAUAAACUUCAUCCUAAUGAACGAAAUCGUAAACAAUUAGAAACGAAAUUCAGUCGACAACCUGGUGGUGGUGCUUCAGCAGCAGCCGCAGCUGCACCGGCUGGUGAUGAAGAAUAA